AUGUAUAGACAAAUACCUUUAUCUGUUGCGUUCAGUAGUGAAAACCCUGACGUCAAAAUAAAGGGGAACAGAGUAACGUUUAAGUUUCCAACAGACUGGAUUGUGAACAUAAAUGAAGAGAAGUACAUUGGCAUAACAUCUAUGUAUAUAACACGUGCUUUCAGAAAGGUUGACUUUAUACUUCAAGUCGAGAUAGAAAAUGACGAACAGUCUUUAAACGCCCAAAACAUUCACAUAUACAAAUACUUUAAAGACGAUACAACACUGUUGCAAUGUAUGAUUUCAUUUAAUGAGAUGUUCGAGAAAAAGUUCAACAUUGAAGUACAAACUUUACAGCCUUUACGUGAGUUUCUUGCACAACUGAAAGAAGAAGGUAGUCAGCCACAACUUAUAGACUUUCAUUAUGAAUUUAAUGAAAAUGAAGAUGGAACUCAUGACUGUCAAUUCAUUGUAUUCUCACCAUUCAAUGAAGUAGCUAAAAAGAAAGAAAAUCCAUUAC